CCAGCAACAUGGCGACGCUGUGAGCUACUUGUUGGGAGCAAUAAGUGGGGGGAAAUCCCGUACAGGCACGCCGAGUUCUGGGAGAGUGCUUCGGGCCACCAUGAAAGCAAGUGCUGCCCUUAAACCGAGUCAGUGAUCUCUGGGGGAUACAGGCUCACUGAGGGACUGCUGGGGCUGGCUGACCGAGGCUAUGAACUCAAGAUUGGUGUGUAGCAAGAGGAAGUGCUGUCUAUUUUAAUGAUGCUGUUUUCCAUGCCUUGGAAUGAAAUCUAUAUUAGAUGAACUUAACCAUGGCACAAAGCUGGGGACAGAAAGAUAUGGAAGGUAAAGUAGAGAUACAGGUCUAGAAAGCGAAAGCAAAAACUUGCCUCUACGGAGCAGACCGGUACAAGACCAGUGCCCAUUAUGAAGACCAAUAUGAAGAAAACCGCAAAAGGACCAUUUAACUGGGAUGAAUAUUUAAAAGAGACAGGCUGCACAGCUGCACCUCCAGAUUGUUUUAGACAGUCUAGGACUCCACCAAGCAAUGAAUUUAAAGUGGGCAUGAAAUUGGAAGCUCAUGAUCCCCGAAAUGUUACCUCAGUUUGUAUCGCUACGGUCAUAGGGAUAACUGGUGCUCGCUUACGGUUACGACUGGAUGGAAGUGAUGACAAGAAUGAUUUUUGGAGACUGGUGGACUCAUUGGAUAUUCAGCACAUUGGCACAUGUGAGAAAAAAGGAGAUAUGCUGCAGCCACCUCUGGGAUUUCGGAUGAAUGCAUCCUCUUGGCCGAUGUUUCUGUUGAGAACACUAAACGGAGCUGAUAUGGCACCAGCAUCAUACUUUAAAAAUGAACCACAAAAACCGUCUCAGAACUUCUUUAAAACUGGAAUGAAAUUGGAAGCUGUGGACAAGAAAAAUCCAUACUUAAUCUGCCCAGCGACUAUUGGUGAUGUGAAAGGUGAAGAAAUAUUUGUUACUUUUGAUGGAUGGAGAGGGGCCUUUGAUUACUGGUGCAAAUAUGACUCUCGGGACAUCUUUCCCGUUGGAUGGUGCAGUAUGACUGGGGAUUCAUUACAACCCCCUGGAAACAGUGUUUCAGUUUUAAAGAACACAAGCAUCCCAGCAUCACCCACAAAGAUUGUCAGACGCUCAAUGCAGUCUCCUCAGAAACCAGCCCCAACCCAGAAGGGAAGGAAGCCAAUGCAAGACAAGCCUCUGGGACAAACCACCACUGCACCAAGGAGAGUCAAACAUCCCCAAAACACUGCUCUGUCAAGAAACGUAUUAAAUGCGGAGAACCUAAAAACCAGGAAGAAGGACUUAAAGCCAGGAAGAAAGAAAGAAAUUCCAAGUUUGCAUCCAUCUCUACCUCCUGCCCCCUCUGCUGAUGGGGACUUUAAUAAAUCACAAAUGCCUAAAGAUGGUGUUUGCAUGGUGGGUUCUUCCCCAGCAGUGAUAUCUACAGUUUGCGUUUAUGUGAACAAGCAUGGAAACUCAGGUCCUCAUCUCGACAAAAAAAAGGUUCUACAACUUCCAGAUCACUUUGGGCCAGGUCCUGUCAAUGUUGUCCUUCAGCAGGCAGUGCAGGCCUGUGUAGACUGCGCCCAUCAAUGCAAGGUAGUGUUCAGCUUCCUGAAGUCUGGACAUCAUGGCGGAGAAAUUAUAACUGCUUCUUUUGAUGGAGAAAAGCAUUCUGUCCACCUGCCACCAGUGAACAGUGCAUCAUUUGUAUUACGCUUUUUGGAGAAACUGUGCCACAGCCUGCAAUGUGACAACUUAUUUAGUAGCCAGCCUUUUAGUCCGUACAUGAGUGGAGCACAAAGUCCAAUGGACUAUGACAGGAGCAAAUCCACAAAAGAAGAAAUGUCUGAAAGAAGCAGCAAGAGACUCCCCCAAGAGUCUCUGCCUUACACAGCUACGUUGCCCCCAAAACUACCCAGAACAGAAGCUCAUCCUUCUGAAGCUGAGACAUUACCCGCAGAGGAAAAUGGCAUUACCAAAGAACACCGAUAUUCUGAGGAAUCCAUGGACUCUGCUUUAAAUACUGUAAAUCCCUCAAGUCCGGCUCACCACAACACAGUUGACGUUCGUGCUGUUGGCAACACACCGGCAUAUUACAGGACCCCUGUGACCGCUACCUCAAAUACUACUCCUCUCCUUCGCAGAUCAUCCUCAAGCUCAGCAAGCAAUAGCUACUAUGAUGCAGGUAGAAGCCGGAUACACAGAAGGAUAGAAGCUGCAAGCUCUACUACAGGACCCGAGCUUCUGUCCCCAAACCGAGAAACCUCAAGAGGCCCCAGUAAGGAUCCCACUACCUGGUCUGUGGAUGACGUCAUCUGUUUUGUAAAGGAAUCGGAUCCUCAAGCAUUGGCUCCUCAUGCCGAGCUGUUCAGACGACAUGAAAUUGAUGGCACAGCUCUUCUAUUACUCAGAAGUGACAUGAUCAUGAAAUACAUGGGACUAAAGCUUGGUCCAGCUCUGAAGCUGUGUUACCACAUCGAAAGACUAAAGCAAGGGAAGCAUUAGGAGUCUGGAAUAAAUACCAUUCAUGGAAUUGACAUCUACAUCAACGUGAACCAGAAGUUUUAUUCUCGCCAUCAUCUCUUCUAUGACUCAGUUUGCAGUUGCUACAAAAUACCUCCUCUAUCUUUGAACUCAGAUACUAUGUAUUUUUUUUCAUGUACUACAGUAUUCUUUUGUUAUGUAAAGCAAAAUUGGUGCUUGACAUUGAGAAAGGAAGGAGUCAAUUCCUUUACCCUUUUUUUUUUUAUGUAUUGUAAGUUAAAAAGACGUUCGUUGUAGUUUGUAAGGUUUUUUCCUUUUUUUUUUUUUUUUUUUUUUUUUUUUAACCAAAAUGCUAAAUCCCAAAGCAGCCUGUGAAGCGGAUCAAAUGAAAAAGCAUAAAGUUGGGCGUGGAAUGAGAUGGUUGGAGGAGCGUCAUGUUAUAAGCUUGCAAUCCAGUCUCUCUGCUGGACCUGAGAUCUUCCAUUGUUAUCUGCAAUAGUUCGACAUUCCUAAAGAGAAUGGACUUAAAGUGAAUAAACUACAAAUAUCUCAGUCUUGCUUCACAAACUUGUAAAGCAAAAACUGUUGUCAAUAUUCUAAUAUGUAGCAGUCCUGAAACAUAAUUUUAAAGUGGUGUGCCCACAUUAUCUGCUUUAUGCGUGUUACAAAGCAUUUUUGUUUUUAUUAAUGAGCAGUGACAAUUUCAUAUGAUGCAAAUGGUGCUAGACGGUAGUACAGGUUGAAGAGUAAAACAGAUGCCAUGCCAGUCACACAGUUUACUGUCAGGGAUCAGAAAUACAUUUUAUUUGUGUAUAAAAUUGAAUGUAUUAUAUAGUGCAGCUAGCAACUGGCCAAUUUUUUUAAUGGAAUAUGUAGUAUAUAGAGUUUUUAUUCUACUUCCUACUGUCUUUUGUAUAAAAUUUAAGAAGAAAAAAAAACAUCAAGAAAAAGAAAAAAAAUGUUUAGUAGAAAUGCAUAUUAUUUGUUGGAAGAUCAUUCUUUAGUUAAUAUUUCUCAGGUUUUAGCUGCUAUAUUCUGCCAAAUCAUGCUAUUUUGGGUUUUUAUAUUUUUUUGUAUUUUUUUUUUUUUCAAGAUGUUUUUCAAGAUGUUUUGUUUCUUCUUAUGCUGUAAAGACCUCUAUAAAUUAAGCUGGGUACACAUGCAACAAACACAUGCAUGUGUAAUAAAAUGCUGGAACUGUUGUGAAAGUA